AUCGCGAUGGGGGCGGGGUGCGUGGGGAUGGUAGAUGGACUCUGUCAAAGAGUUCCAGAUGGAAUCAAGUAGAUUUACAAUGUCUGUUGAACAUAGAGGAUUUCAUUCUACAUUCUGUCCCAUCCUGGUGAGCUGCUCUCUUAUACACCAGCCAGCCUGGCAGCGGCCGCAGAAAUCGCCGACGUGCUGGACGACGACGGGCCAUGACACUGCCAGAUCAGUCGCGAGAACCGAGAGGAAACCCAGACCAAGCCAGCUGCAUUACCAGAAGAGCCGACAAGAGAGUUGGGAGUCGAACGCUCCACCGUUGGAUCGACCGAAGGCCAAGGACCUAUCAAGGCUCGACAGGUACAAUCGGGACCAAAAAUGAGGCCAUUCACCGCUCUUUCAGUGGAUCCCAGGCUUCUUAGUCAGAGAUCGCAUCUCCCAGUCUCUGUCCCUGAUUGCAUUCUCAUGUGAGCUCCGCCCUGGCAGGAGGGUCUCCGCAUCGUC